GACCAUUUUCAGAUCCUGCGGGCCAUCGGUAAAGGGAGUUUUGGAAAGGUAUGCAUCGUGCAGAAGCGGGACACAAAGAAAAUGUACGCGAUGAAGUACAUGAACAAGCAGAAAUGCAUCGAGAGGGAUGAAGUACGGAACGUCUUCCGGGAACUGCAGAUCAUGCGGGGACUGGACCACCCUUUCCUGGUCAACCUGUGGUACUCCUUCCAGGACGAGGAGGACAUGUUCAUGGUGGUGGACUUGCUCCUGGGCGGAGAUCUGCGUUACCACCUGCAGCAGAACGUCCACUUCACGGAGGGGGCGGUGAAGCUGUACAUCUGCGAGCUGGCGCUGGCCCUGGAGUAUCUGCAGAGGUUCCACAUCAUCCACAGAGACAUCAAGCCAGACAACAUAUUGCUGGAUGAACACGGACAUGUUCACAUCACAGACUUCAACAUAGCGACGAUCGUGAAAGGAGCAGAAAAGGCUUCCUCUAUGGCUGGGACCAAGCCCUACAUGGCCCCGGAAGUGUUCCAGGUGUAUGUGGAGGGAGGCCCCGGCUACUCGUACCCCGUCGACUGGUGGUCCCUGGGUAUCACGGCCUACGAGCUGCUGCGGGGCUGGAGACCGUAUGAAAUCCACUCGGCCACGCCCAUUGAUGAGAUCCUCAACAUGUUCAAGGUGGAGCGUGUCCACUACUCCUCCACGUGGUGCAGAGGCAUGGUCGCCCUGCUGAAGAAGAAGGGGAGAUUGAAUUGUGACCCCACAUUUGAACUUGAAGAAAUGAUCCUUGAAUCCAGGCCACUUCACAAAAAGAAGAAGAGGCUGGCAAAGAACAGGUCCAAAGACGGCACAAAGGACAGCUGUCCUCUGAACGGACACCUGCAGCAGUGCUUGGAGACCGUGCGGAAGGAAUUCAUCAUAUUCAACAGAGAGAAGCUGAGGAGGCAGCAGGGGCAGACCAGCCAGCUCUUGGACACAGAGGGCCGAGCUGGGAGCCAGACCCAGGGCAAGCUCCAGGAUGGCUGCAACAACAACAUCCUGGGCCACGCCUGCUCCCGGGGCUGCAGCAGCUAA